CAUAUAGAACCAAAACAAACCGUCCGAUAUCAGGUUCUGUUCGAUAAUAGGGAAAGGAAGUGAUCACAAAUGAUGUUCACCUGAUAGAGGAGAAGGGAUGAAGUUUACAAUGAAAAUAAACAGUAUAUGAAGUGGAUACCUAGGUGUUUUGUUUAUAAUUUUGCUUAAUACUUGUUUAUGAAAAGUUUAUGAUCAGGAAAUCAUCGGUCUUCUUACAACUUAAAACCUGUGAUAUUUUAUUAUUUAAAUGUUGUCACUUGUUUUGUUGCUACCCUAAGUUAAGAAGGUCCAGUACAGGAAAUUCAGCUUAAUAAAAAUAAAAAAUGGAUGAAAUGACAAGCGAAGAAAUCCACAUUGUGGAGUUGCACAUGAUGGACAAGAGAAAAUAUUUUCCUCUUACCAUCGCUUCAAACAUCGCAGUUAGAUCGCUACUGUAUCCCUUCCACGUGGUACGGACACACCUUCAAACCCAGGUCGGAAAAGAGGCAUACUCCGGUACUAUUGACGCAUUCUCAAAAAUAUACUCGAGUCAGGGAUUGAAAGGGAUGUAUAGGGGUCUACCCGUGCAUCUUUGUUUAGUGUUACCUGGUGUUGGGUAUAUAUACACCUAUGAGUACACGAGGACGUUUAUCAAACACCACACUUCGCUGAGCGAUAUGUCAAAGACACUUAUAGCGGGCGGCAUGGCCUCUGUCGUCGCCCAGAUCUUCAACACACCUUUCGAUAUCAUUUCUCAACACAUGAUGCUUGUGGAUGGACGCAAGCAGCCUAUGCAAGGGAUCAAAGCAAAACCCGCUAUACAGAAAUCGUUGCAGCAGAUUCACAUUCCUGAUGAAAUGAAACAAAAACGCUUUGGUGUUUUCCAGACGGUCGUGAAACACGUGUUUAAAACUGAUGGGAUUUUAGGUUUUUAUCGAGGACUGUCCAUGUCGAUGUGUUUAUUUGUGCCGAAUAGUGCACUGUUCUGGUUCUUUUACGAGCAUCUAAAAGGUGAAAUGAUGAGCAUUCUGCCAGAGAGUGUUCCCCGUAUGUUGAUCAACAGCAUCGCGUCCCCGAUGGCCGGAGUUGCAGCGUCCAUCAUCACCAAUCCAGUAGACGUGGUGAAAGUGAGAAUGCAGACCAAGUGUCUUACCAUACGGGGCUCCCUAAGGGCUCUUGUUCAGGAGGAGGGACACCGCUGGGUUCUGAAGGGGAUGACGGCGCGGACUACCCACUCUGCCCUCUACUUCCUCAUCAUCAUGUCGGUCUAUGAGUCCGUGAAACGGUUCAGUCUGCGAACUGAGUAUAGCAACUCUGUGAGAUGGUGAUACAACUGUAGAAUUGCAUGGACUAACCAUUGUGCGCUUAUAUUUUAGUCUUUGUCAGUAAAGAGAGUUCAAUACAUGUUUCUUAAUCAGUAUUUAUUUAAGUCCUUGCAAUUGUUUUAUUUUUUUGUCAUGAGAAUCCAAUAUAUGUUGGAUAAUGAUAUCCGUUUAACUGUCUUAAGGGGACAUUUUGAUUUUUUGCUAUUAAUGUAGUGAUUAUUUCUUAAUCACAGAAUAGAUAACAAUUAAAUUUAGAAUUGUUCAUUUCAAUUGGUCUUUCACUCUUUCUUGUUUUUAAAACUAGAUCAUUUCAUUAUUCAGAAGCAAAGUGAAAAUGGCUAUGUGCAAACAGCAUAAAACCAGAACAGUCAGUUUUAUGCUGUUUGCUGCUCAUCAGUAUCUUAGGGUUGGAAAUGAAGCCUUUAAAACUUGAAUCUAGUAAGAAAAGUCUUUAAUUAAAUUUUACUUUCUAAGUGACUACAAAUGCGUCAAAACACAUAUCUAAAUGGUAAAGGGUUAUGGGGUGUUAAACCAAUAUAGAAAGGGAUUUACCUGUCCUCAGAUUGGUAAAAUAACAAUUUAUUAAAAAUAUGUAAAAAUGUUAAGUGCAUUUAUCACUUAUGAUUGUAAUAAAUAAUAUAAAUUACAUUAAUGCCCAAGAAACAAAAUGUUGUGAUUAUCAAUGGCCAUAUUUGUUAUGUUUUUUUUCUUAAUAACUUGGUAAAGUAAAUACUUAAUUUAUGUCAUUGCUGGAAAAUGACCCGCUUUGAAGGCUCAAUUUUGUUUAUGAUUAUUAGUUAAUUAAUAGAUUAAUGAUGAUUUCUUAUUCACAGCAUACAUGUAGAUAGCAAUUAAAUUUAGAUUGUUCAUUUUAAUUGGUCUUUCACUUUCUCUUGUUUUUGUAACUAUUUAAUUAUAGUCAAGUGAGUUAAUUUGUCAAGAUAUGUCCAUUUUUUCACAGUUUAAACAUUGCAGUUAAAACAACUAUUUCAGUUUGUAUAACUAGAAGCAUUGCAUUUAAUUAUUGUUUCUUGUGUUAUUUUGCUUCAGGAAUUGAGAUCCAAGACUUGAAAAGAAAAUCAUUAUGUUAUAGGAUUUAAAUGUGAACUUAAGCUUUUUGUUACACAACAAAAGGUUAAAAUUCUUAACAUUUUAGCAAUAUAUUUACUUUUUCAUUAUAUCAUAUUUUUAUGCCCCCGAGGAGGGCAUGUAGUGAUCACACUGUCCGUCCGUCUGUCUUUCCGUCACACAUUGCGUUUAGGUUUCGAAAAAUGCUCAUAACUUCUAUGUUUCUUCAGAUGUAAUCUUCAUACUUGGUAUGCAUUUCUUAUUGACAAGGCCUCUCCAUACGCACACAAAUUUUGACCCAUUUGACCUUUGCCCAUCUAUAAUUUAGCAUAAAAGUAAGAUAUAUAUUACAGACGUUAAUAAACGGCUGAGCCGGACCGGGCAGUGAUAAAUGGCCCCAGGUCGCAAACGGCCCUCAGGCUAAAGCCCUCGGGCUGUUAUGCUCCCUGCGGGCCGAUUAUCACUGCCCUGCCCAGCUCAGCUGUGACAAUUAUCGUCUAAGCAUAUAGUGUUUGUCAUUAUACAUUGUAUUUCAAAGCUAGUCCUACAAAUGGUAACACAAUAGUAUAAGAAGUUAGAAUAGGCAUUAACACUCUCAAUUAUAAGCAAAGUAAAAAUGGCUAUGUGCAAACAGUAUACAACCAGAACAGCCUGCGAGUAAUAGGUUUUAUGCUGUUUGUUACUCAUCAGUAUCUUAGGAUUGGAAAUGAAGCCUUUCAAACUUGACUAUGUUAAGAAAGAAAUUUAAUUUGAUUUUCUAAUGGACUUCAAAUGCGACAAAGAGCGUUUCUGAGUGGGAAAAUGGGAAAAUGCUUAAUCAGGGAUUAUUGGUCUUAUUACACAAGCAUUUUACCAUUAAUGGUUUGUCAUAGUUACUUUUGUACAGUCAAGUGUAAAAUAGAAACUUGCAUAUAUAAUUACAAAGAACAUUAUGAGCGUAUAUGCUUGUGAAACUGUUUCACUUACUUGGAUUCACUAUUUCACUAUUGUUGAUUUUGUCACGUGAUAGACUGAACAUGGUAUUUGUUACCCAUACUACCAAGAUUUUGUAAUUGUGUCAAAUGUUCCAUGAAAGAAAUUUUAGUCCUACCGAUUAUUAUUCCUGUGUCUGAUAAUAUUUAUUAUUUAAGUCCAUUCUGAUUUUUAUGUUCUGAUGCAGAAAGAGAAAAGAAAAAAAAAGAGUGAACAUUUCUAUUAAUUUUCAGCAAACAUGAAGUAUAUAUGGGCAAAAGUGUCUUUGAUAUCACAAUCUAACUCCUUCAGUGCUGGAACCGAAUUUUGAAGGCCUUUGCAAACAGUGUGGAUCCAGAUGAGACGCCACAGAGUGUGGCAUCUCAUCAGGAUCCAAACUGUUUGCUAUUCUGAUAAUAUUCUUUGAAAAAAAUCAAAGAAAAUGCUAAUUUUAGAAAUUUAGCAGACGACAUUUUAGCAGACGACAAAUUUCCCAGCAUGCAAAGGGUUAAAACAUAGAUAAAAUAGACAGCAACAUUUUAGAGUGAUUACCUUUCCUAGCCCUCCCCCCCACCCCCAGCAUAUUAAUGAUCCUUUUUGCUUCUUAAUAAAAUCACAGACUAAGCAGAAUUUGUGUGUACACCAAAAAAGAAAAGAAAUGGAAAUGUUUCACUAUAGUUUUCUCCACUGAUUCAUCCCUGACAUUCAGCUAUGAUUAUUAAGAAUCAAAAAUAUUUAAUAAUAAUAAGUUAAAUAAUAAAAUAUUAAUGAGUUAUAAUUUAUUGUGUAGUGUUUUUAUUCCACAUGAUAAAAUGCAGUUUAAACAAAAAAAUGCUGAUUGCAAUUAUUGGUCGUUAACUUUUUAUUAUUGUUUUUGUAACUGUUUGAAUUCUUGGUUGGUUGUGUUCAUUUGUCAGAAUGCGCAUGGUUUUUUUUCACAGUAAAAAUGGAAGUCAAAACUACUAUUCAGAUAGUAUAUUAAUUAGAAACGUCACACUUUGCUGUAUUGUUUUUUGUUGAAUUUUAAUUUCGAAGUUGUAACUCAAAACUUUGAAUGGACAUUUUUGUGUGUAAGGGAAAUUUUCUAUGUGAACUAUAAACUAUUUUUCGUUACAAAAGGCUUAAAUGCUGUAAUUAGUAAGGAGUAAGGUCUUAAUUGUCUUUUAAAAAUACAAGUUUUUAACAAUUACUGGCUUAAGUUGCUUAUUUCAUAGAUUUUUUUUACUAUUAUUUUUUAAUUUAUAGUGUUUUUCAAAUUAAGAUUAACGAUUAUAGGAAAAUAUAAGGAAUAUUUAGAAAGUAACAAAUAUGAUUUACAAAUAUGAUUUUAUUAUUACGCUUGUAAUGUUUUUUACCAUGAACUGUUUGCAUAGUUAAGUGUUAAAGGAAAACAACUGAGCUUUGGCUAAUCCAGUUAAAAGAGACUAAAUUAAAUAUUGAAUAAAUCAUGCAUGCGGAA